CGUGCAGUUCGUCGGAAUUAUGCUACCACACACGUACACUAACACACUGUCAUCGCUUGCCGGCAGCAAGGCAAGUGUCAGAUGAACACACGGUACGCGGUUUGUUUACCACGCGCGCCACGCGUGUCGGUGUGUGCGUGCAACCGACUCGCUCCGUGCCCCGGUUGGAGGGUCUAGUACGCUCUUGUGCGCCCGGGUGCGUUACUCUCCGCUUUAGUCGCUUUCUUAUUUUUCUAGCGUUAACACACGCGAGCGAGCGCGUACCCGUUGGUUCGCUCGAAACGGCAAUCCCGGCAUUCGCGGUUGCGUAAAUUUUGAUUUCUCCGAACGGUGGGUUUCGAUUCGCGCGCGCGCUUACAGAAAUUAGCCGUUUGGCUGCAAAGUGGAGAUUGGUAAAUGCACCGAGUUUGGGGAGCAAAAAUUGUUAUAGAAAAGAAGUGAAAAAAAAAACAUACCGUAAAGUGCCGUUCCAGUGCAGUAUUUUUGUUGUUGUUUUUGUGUGGUCACUGUGGUGGUGCAUUGUGCGUGAAGGUGAACCGUUGGAAGGAGGCUCCAGCAAAAAGGAAUUCUUGUCCGUUGCUCAAGUGUCGCACCCGUCCCCGUGCGGCGCCCCAAAGUGAAGCACGCGAUCGACGCUAAACACAUACGCGCACCAAGCGGUUGGUGUGAUUCAUCCCUCAUCUGUUGUGGGGUAGAAGGGGGAAGCGAAAAAGGCCGAGAAACCCCAACCAUUCUCGACCGUUUGUGUGGAAAGUGUAGAGCAUUUAAGAGUGUACCGUGGGCGCCGAUGAGAUCGUCAAGUAAGUCGAUCAUACGCACCCGCCACACGGGGAAGGAAAAUCCCUAAAGCGAGCAUAAAAAAUAACGCCAGUGAGUGAAACGAAACGAAAAGAGAGGAAAAAUCUCCGCGCGCUCGCACAUCAACCCCGAGAAGAGGAAAUAGAAAUCGUUGCGUGCGGCGUGUGGCUUAUGCUGCUGAUGAUCUAUUACAGUGUGUUUGUGUGUGUGUGCGUGUGUAUGUAACUGUGCUGUAUUGUCGCGAUUCCGUCCGGUUUUCCCUCACCCGUGCUCGAUCUGUGUCACGCGUCAAGUGAAAAGUCGCCCGCGCAACUAAAAGAAAAUACAAGCGCCUUCCCGGCAACCAUCGCUACUCCAGCGUUUAAGGAGUAGGACGUGGUGCUGGUGGUUGAUCGUUUGUGAUAGUGUGUGAUUAGUUUUUGCUUAUAAAAGAGUGCGUCCACAGAGUGCGUGCGGAACCGGAUUGAAGAGCCGGGAAAAUAGAGCACGGGCAAAGAAAAACAGCCGUUGACCAAAAAUGUGCAGCCUACUUUCGCUGGUUGCGUUCGGGUUGGUCCUGCUGGCCGUCCCUGGGCUGGCCGGGACCCGGCCCCAGGAGGUCCGGAUCAACAAAUGCUGCCGGCUGGGCGAGUUCUACAACGUGGCCGAGCGGCAGUGCGUGGCGGGCGGUAUAGCCAAAUGGGUGCCGCGCAUCUUCCUCCCCGCCAAGGGUCAACUGUACAAGGAUCUCGGUUCGGCACCACCGUUCAUGAAGUUUGCCGAACAGCAGCAACCGGACACCUGUCCCCGCCCGAACGUGUACGCCGUCGAUCUGGUCACGCUGAUGGGCAAUGGGUCACUGUUCCUAAAUCAAAAGCACGUGCUAGUGCCCGUGCCGGACUACUGCAUCGAUGAGAAGGUGGCCCUGGUAUGUCCGGAACGUCCGACCGAGCUCCCGGCAGCCGACGGUACGAACGGCGGUGGUCAGAUGGAUUCCCUUCAGGCGCCGGAAAAGACGAGCGUUGUGUUGCGCUGCUGCGGUUCCAACUUUGCGUACGAUCGGGGCAAUCGGACCUGCUCCAAGUUGCCGCGCGGCCACGAGCUGUACGAUUCGCGCAUCGUAAACUCCCCGUACGUGGAGCUGAGCUACGGCUUUCCGGCUUGCAAGGAGCACGCGAUCGCGGGCGCUUUCGAGGAGUCCCGGCUGCAGGAACAGACCGGCUCGGUAACGACCGACUCCGGCAAGAUCUUUGCGUCGGGCGAGUUCUGCCUGGAGCAUGUGCGGGACGACGAUCGGACGGUGUACGUGUUCACGUGCGCCGAGCACUUCCAGCCGGCUUCGGUGCCGAUUGCGAAGCAGGACGGCCGGUUGGUCCUCUACUCGGCCGGGCUGCUCAUCUCGACCAUCUUUCUGGCGGCGACGCUCGCCACCGGUCUGCUCGUACCGUCCCAGCAUCACGUGCUGCACUGGCGCUGCCAGACGCACUACGUCGCCUGCCUGCUCGUGGGCGAUCUGCUCCUUGCCAUCACUCAACUUUCCGGCAACUCCAUCACCGGACCGGCCUGCACACUGAUAGCAAUCUCCAUGCAUUUCUUCUUCCUGGCUGCGUUCUUCUGGCUCAACACGAUGUGCUUCAAUAUCUGGUGGACUUUCCGUGAUCUACGGCCAACGUCGCUGGAGAAAAGCCAGGAAAUCUGUCGGCUGCGCAUCUACGAGGUGUACGCGUGGGGUGGCCCGCUGGUCUUUGCCGGCGUGGCGGCGAUUCUGGACAACCUGCCGGACAGCAACGAUACGUACUUGAGGCCACGCUUUGGUGAAGCAAAAUGCUGGUUCUACGGUAAUAUGGAAAUGCUGACCUACUUCUUCGGCCCGAUCGGCAUCCUGCUCGGCAUCAAUCUGCUACUGUUCGCCUCGACCGCCCGCCAGCUGACCUGUGGCCUAUGGAAGCGGGACGAUGUCAAGUCUACGACGGAACGCCGCGGUUUGGUUUCUUCUCCCUCUUACAGUGCCGCGCUGGGGCGCGUCUGCCUCAAGCUGGUGGUCGUGAUGGGUGUCACCUGGGUGGCGGACGUCAUCUCCUGGGCCGUCGGCGGCCCGAACUACAUCUGGAUCGUGACCGAUCUGAUCAACGCGCUGCAGGGCGUCUUCAUCUUUAUCGUCGUCGGCUGUCAACCGCAGGUCUGGGCCGCCAUGAAGCGCUUGUGGAACUCGAAAACGGGCCGCUCGUUCACGAACACCACGCACGGUCCGCAGCACUCCAGCUCGUCGCACGGGCUGCCCUCGAUGGGCGAAUCGAUCACGAACAACACCUGCACGAACAACACGACCACCACCACCUCCAACCGGGUGCCGAUGGAAACGGUCUGCUGAGCUGUCCCCGGGGCCUGUGGGUAAGGGUAGACCACUGCACAUAAUCGACGGAGACGGGAUUGAUGCGGGGAUCACACAGCUAAGCGGACCAAAAACUCAUACAACACACACACAGCUAAACUUCUAACGACGAAGAUGCCACCAAGAUGUGUCGAAAGCAACCGGUAAUCGACGAUGGCCAAAUGCGUGCCCAAAUGUACGCGAAAUGGUCGGAAAAUAGUGUUUUUAUCAUCCAUCAUCAUCCUCAUCCUUAAGAUAGCAUCAGUGGGUCGCGCGCGAUUAGCAAAUCAUCCUCUCAGCAAUAUGAUUCUCUCGUGGAUGUGUGUGUAUUUGUGGGGAAGAGCGUGGAAAAAUAUUUAAUUUAAUCACUUGGAAGACUUUUGGGGAAGACUGUGCAGAGUAUUCGUAGCGAAUUACGAAGCCGAAUUUGAAGCCUGGUUUGAUGUGGGGGCACAUCUUGGGCCAGCUAAAAAACACACUUAAAGUUGUUUUUUUCUGGUUCCAUUAUCCACCCCGAGCAGUUCGCUUACCUUCAUGCUAAUAGUUUGUAGAAAAAGUAUACAUAAAUACAUAGAUCGCCUACAUACUUGAAGGACUUGAACGGAGAGCCCCUGUGUUGUACUAUGAACAAACAAACAAACAAACAAACAAACAAGCCAGGGAGUAAAGGAUGCAAGUAGACAUAUACUAAUACGGAUAAUAUAUUUAAUAAAAUCAGUCAUGUUUCGACACUCAUUCUCUCACUCACACCAAGUUCAUGCUAAACCAUGCUAAAUAGGCAACGAGCGGCUUCAGGCACAAACAAUCCUUUCUUACAAAGGGGAGUUUGUUUGGGAGGGAGAACGAACACGUUGAAUGGACGUCAAUUGAACAUCAAUAAUGAAGACUGAUCAUCAAAGAUCAAUGAUUGGGAUUAAAUUGACAGUUCCCCUUUUUUGAAACGGACGCUUGAAUCCUCUGCCUCACAACAAAUACGCAUUCUUAGUAUAGGGAUUAGCAAUUAACAUUAACAAUUUUUAAUUUAAAAAAACAACGUAGCUACAGAGAAGACGUAUACUAAGCACGAUGAUGCCUCGAACCUCGAAUUUGAUCGACAGUUAUGAUCGACUUUCUUUUGUUGUAAUAAGUAGUGUAGAAUGAUUGCCAAAAAUCGAAAUCCCAAAAAAGUGUCCCUGCAAACCGGGAGAACCGAACAGAACAGGAGAAGAAGGAGCCAAUUUGAGUUAUGCGAAGGCAUGGGGAAGCGCGUUACGAUCGAGCGAUGAUCACGCCGUUGUGUACAUUUUAUGUUAUGACAUUAGUUUUAGCUGUUGCUCGGCCCAAAAGGGGGGUAGGCAUUGGAGAAGGGCGGUCCCUCUGCCAGGCCAGGCCAACAACAAUGCUGUCGCACAAGAAUGCAUUAGCCUGUACGGUAUAUAU